AUGAGUAACGAUCAACACUUUCACUACAUUUCCAAGCGGACACGUCGGAAGACCGUUACUUCCAAAACUGUUGAAGAAACAGACGCAUCUCCUGUGAAAGCAAAGAAAGCUGGGGGUAGGAAGUCUGUGACCUCGGAAGGUGUUGAAGGAGAAGAUGAGUCGACCAUAAAACCAGUGACUCGUAGGCGCAAAAAGCUUGCCAGUGACGAAAGCAUUGAAGGGGAAGAUGCUCCGGCAGCGAAGCCGGUGAAGCGCAGAAGUAAAAAGUCAUCAACUGAAGAACCCGUGGAAGGAAAAGAGGAAACGGCAGCGAAACCGGUGAAGCGCAGAAGUAAAAAGCUCGCUGAACGAAGCCUUGAAGGAAAAGAUGGAACCGCUGUUGAAACAGAAAAUCUAAAACGAGGUCGGUCUGAACAGGCGAAGGAUUUGGAGCCAGAAUUUGAAGCGGAAGAAGAACCAGAAGAUGAUGUAGAGACAAAUGUAGAUGAGUUCAUAAAAAUCCCUACGGCCCUCAGAGCAUACCUCUCAAAAGCUCACAUGGCGGGUUCAGCUAUGGGGGAUAGAACACGUGUAAACAUCCUCAACGAGGCACUGUGUGAUGACAUUAUCGAUCGUUUUGGCUCAUCGCUUUUAAAACACACUGGCUGCGACAUUAUCGACAUAAAUCCAGGCUUAGGAAUUUGGUCAUCUAAAAUCCACGACCUUCUUAAACCGCGAACACAUCUCCUCAUGGAACCUGAUGCCAAGAAAUACCUUCCCUACCUUCAACCACUCCUUGAUGCAGAAGGUUCUACUUAUCAGCACAUACCGAAGUCUGGAACCGUCUGGGAACAUCUCAGGCAUGUUACCACUCCAGAAUUUUUACCACACCAGGUAAAACUCUCACCAGAUGAUCCGAAGAUCAACGAACCAAACAAUACCCUUCUCGUGAUUGCGAAUCUUGCCCAUUACCCCAGGAAAAAGUACCGCGGGUUUGAGUCCAUGUCACAACUAGUAAUGUAUCAACUUCUUGCCGCAGCAAGAUCGCAUGCCUUAUUCCAUGAAUAUGGUCUCAUACGUAUGCUGAUAUGGAUUCCUGAUGUCGAGAAAACAACAUGGUUAGUACGUCAUAUCGCACAGAUGCGCAAAAAUGCCGUGGAAGCCCAGAUAACUACAAAUUAUAUUCGAGAAAUUGCGAGUUCAACUGUGGACAAUCAUCGAUUUGUGAGAGACUCUGAGGCUGCAUUGAAUAAUUCGAUAGACGUCGUCCGUAACAUGGAUAGAAUGGGCAUAACAACUCCUGUACAUAGGCAAGGGCCAAUGGAAAUAGCAGCCAGGCAGUCACUUGCUACAGGUGGGCAUCAGGUUAAAAAUGAAGAUUUUGAACGUUUCAGAAGAGGUUGGAUAGAGGAAUUUGAGGAUCUGCAAAGGCGAUUGGACGAGGGAACACUGGUGAAAUAUGAGGAGGAGCCGGUUGAGAAGGUCAAAAAGUCCACGCCAGGAAAGGAGAAAAAAAACUACACCAAGGAAUAUGCACGUUAUGUCUUUUUGAGAUCAAAGAAACGAGUCAUCAAUGUUCAUGGACUGCUGACGGAAGAACUUAUCAAUGACCACAACAACAUCAACCAGCUCCAUAGCAAAGUUAUGAAAGAAGAUUCGACCUUGGAGGACAUAGAGAAGUCUAAGGAUGAAUUAAAGGCUAUGAUCAAGGCAUAUGAGGAUAAAAUUGCAAAUCUUCCUUUAGCCGCCUUUAAGAUCUAUGCUGUCCGACUCGAUGGUGCGCGCAUUUGUACGGAAUUCGAGAAGAGAGAGAUGGAGCCGCUUAAAGUAUAUGCAAAAGAAUUCAGACCGCAGUCAGAAUUGUGCCUUUUGGACAUUCAGCCACAAGCUCUUUGGCCUAUCCUCCGUCAAAAUUACCCUCAGAACUUUGAUGUCUUCGAAUACAUAAUUGGUACUGUAUACGCACACCCUGCCGACACAGUCUAUGAGUCUUUGGAAAACUUAUGGCCUGGCGCGUUGGAUUACAUAGCAGACAAAUGUCCUUCUUUAACCGACCCUGAGAAAGGAGGAUCGUUUGACCUGAAACAUUUGUCGAGUGGAAGUAUGGUUCAUGAUGCAGACCAUGUAGAGGAUGAUGUGCUGGAAGGCCCUUGA